GGCCUGUACCUCGGAAUCGUCCCUUCUAGUGAUCAGCGUCUUCUUAUUCUCCCCUCACCUUACGCAGGAUUCUUGAUUCAAGGUAUAUAAUCGAGGUUGCCAGUACAGAGUAGUUAGUUUACCCCAGCUCCUACUAGCUUGACCGCCCAACUAGUUAAUCCGUGCUACGUCAGACCAUUCAUUCCCAUCUCAACUCCUUUCCAACAAUAACCCACAGUCAAGAUGUCUCUCAAGGAUGACGCUUUCCCCUCCUCCGCCGCCUUCGACGUGAUCAACUCCACCCUGCAGGCCGACGAAGCCGAGCGCAAGGACACCGUCAACAAAGCCAAGGCUGUCGUGGCUUUCACCCUGACCAACGCCGACGGAAAGCAGGAAAGCUGGUACCUCGAUCUCAAGGAUAAAGGCGUGGUUUCCAAGGGUGCAGCCCCGGAGGGUGGGAAAGCAGAUGUCACUCUUAUCCUCUCCGAUGCGGAUUUCGGCUCUCUUGUCAGCGGCAAGGCAAACGCCCAACGGCUCUUCCUCGGCGGCAAGCUCAAGAUCAAGGGCAACAUGAUGAAAGCGACGAAGAUGGAGCCAAUCCUGAAAAAGGCCCAGGGACGCGCCAAGCUAUGAUCGACUGCAUGGAAUGCUCCACUUGAACAAUUGGAAUACCUACACCC